UCACUCCCCGAAUCCCAACAAACUAAGCUUCGGAAGGAGAAGCAGCGCUGCGGCAUCAAUGGCGAUGGAGGAGAUGGUACCGUGGGAGGAGAUCUGGAGGUGCCGAAAGCAUCCCUCGCGGCUCCGACCUGGCAUCUGCGCCUUGUGCCUCCGUGAUCGCCUUCUUCUUCUUUGCCCCGACUGCUCUCACGUGCGACCCUGCAAGUGCGCACCCUCAGCCUCCUCUUCGUCCUCCUCAUUCUCCUCCUUCUGCUCUGUUGAUCUACUCCGAUCCGGUUCUGUAUCCGGGAUCGGCGCCAUCGGUCGUGUCUCCAAUCUGAUCGAGAGCGAACCGGCACUCCCACGGUCCCGAUCUGUCGCGAUCCCGUUUACACGCUCGCGAUCGGUGGCGGAGGAUAAGCAGCCGGUGAGAAAGGGCUGGAUGUCUGUUUUCUGGCCGUUCUGGAGAUCAGCUGGAAGAGCUCCGUCUGAGGCGCCGCCGGAGAAGCUGUCCAGGUCGAGGACGGUGGGUGUUGGGGAGGCAGCAUCAAAAAGCAAGGGAUGGCAUUUCCCUAGUCCUAUGAAAGCGUUCCGUCACCGGAAAACGGCGAAGGUCCUUCAGGAGCAGCGCUCGCCGUUGUGCCGCGGAUGACGAGAAGUAACUCAAGAGACUAGGAGGAGGACGACGAUUGGCAAUUUGGCAGACCAAACGGGUGAUGGGGUCCGUGCCGGCGAACGGAGGAAUGAGGAAUGGGGAGGGUGAGAUGGAAUAAGGACCGUAGGAUGGGUUUUAGGGAAAGCUUUUUAAGGGUGGAAAAAAGGGUCUCACGUGCUACUGUCAUCCGUACACGUGGUAGCGUCGUUUUCUAGUUUGUCACCGCAUGGGCUUUUCAACGGGGUAGGGAAUCUAACUUUUAACCCAGAGUGCUGGUGGGUGGUGCUGGUGGUGGUGGGUGGUUUAAUUUUAGAAAAAUAAUAAGAUAAAGAAAAAAAGUAUGGAUAAUGGACGCUGCUGCUGCUGCUGCUGCUUACUUUGACUUUUGUUCAUAGACGUUAUUGGUUGACUGCUUGUUUAUACAUUUCUUUACUUAUAUUAUUAUUAUUAUUAUUAUUAUUUAUUAUUAUUAUUGAAUGGGUAUGGUUGUCUCAUUAUUCUAG